GAUUUAAUUGGUUACUUUGUCAAAAAUUAUAUAUAAAAAUGUCAAAAUUUUUAAUUUUUUUUCUCUGUUCGAUACAUAUACUUUGAAGGAUAUUAAACGAUAUGGAAAAUGGAGGCCCUUAUUAUAUCUUGUUCGUUUUUGAUUUUUACAAUACUCUUAGCAAUCACUUCUCGAACAAUGGUAAAAAUGUUGAUACAUGACGGCCUCUUGAAAAGAACUAUUUUGGAAAUGAUUGCGUCAUCUGAGCUGUGCGCAUGUUGUUUUGAGGUAGUUGUCGUUGCGGAAAUAUAUGGCAUAUCAGCCGGAUGUACUAUUACAUUUAUUCUGCUAUUGUGGUGGUCUUUUUCAUGGACAAAAGAAUCUGGUUGUCCUUAUCGGCCCUUUGAAGAUGUCGUAGAAGGUUCUAUAUAUCCGGAAGAAGGAUUAGCAUUAAUCUUAGCUCAAGUUAUUGGGGCUACUUGCAUUUAUUCGUAUGUACAAGCAUUUUGGGAACUUGAACUUACAGAGUUCCAUGCUGGCAGAGACUUAUCGCCUUGUACAACCGACUUGAAGGUAGAUAUUUACAAAGGUUUUUUAAUCGAAGGGAUUGGUACCUGUGUGGGAAGAUUAGUGUCGAGAACUGUAAGCGAUGUGAACGCAAUUACUGCAGGAGUAGUGAGAGCAUUGUGCAUAAUAUCACUUGUAAUAGCAGGUGCUGACUUUACUGGUGGCUACUACAACCCCGCCGUUGCAUCUGCAAUGAAAUUAGGAUGUCAGGGGACAGAUAUUAAAGAUCAUCUUUUCGUUUACUGGCUUGGACCUUUUUUUGGAUGCUUUUUAUCGACAAUUAUUUUUCACCUUAUUUCUAGUCAACAUAAAUAUAAAAAAAGUCCUUCAUCGUUAUCGUUUUUCCCUGAUACUAUACAGUAUGGCUAUUAUAGAUAAACAAUUGUAAUACAAUU